AUGGCAAGCACGACGAUGGAGACAUUGCGCGCUGAGGGCAACGCGUUCUUUAGCGCAAAGGAGUUUAGAUCAGCUGUAGCGAAGUAUACGGAAGGUAUAGAAGUAUCUAAGCUUACUUCUGAUCUAUCGGAUCAUGAGCUAAAGGCUGUAGAGAUGCAGCGUGUCUUACUAUGGAGCAAUCGCGCCGCUUGUCUCCUGCAGCUCGAAGAUUUUGCUCAAGCCGAGAAAGACUGUACGAUGGCACUGGUGAUUGAUCCAGAGAAUACAAAGGCUCGGUACCGUAGAGCUCAAGCGUUUAUGGGGAUGGGUAAUAUGUCGCAAGCUUUCAAGGACGUGCACUUGGUACUACAGCACGCGCCAAAGAAUAAGGCCGCCGCUGAAUUGGCUCGGAAGAUCCAGGAGAAAGUGAGAGAAGAUGUUCAUGGAGUACAAAAAUCAUUGGACUGUAUUGUGAGUGGAGUGCAUGGAGAAACGGGUGAUGCAGGGCUUAGAGAGGUGCUACAGGAACAGGAAAAGAUUGUAGAAGCGCUGCAAUUCUUGGAAAUGAAAAGUGUUACAGAGCUAGCAACUUUGCCCGAUGAAAUUGAAAAGAGAGGUGGCUUAGUGGUGCUAUGGAGAGCCAUUGCAAAGCUUCUGGAGCUGAGCGAGAGUCAGGAGGAGAAGAAGGACAAGAUGUUGAGUAUCUUGUCGCACGUGGUGUCGUUGCUGUCGAUUUUAGCGUCCUCUUCGAUGGAACUUGUAGGAAAAACAUUUGAGACGAAUAAUGGAGCACUUGACAAGUUGCUUGAGCUGUUGCAUGGUCAGGUGGCCUUGGAGUAUGAGGUGAGUGCUUUGGAUGCGCAGAAGCAGAUGCCGAUUCGGGGACGGAAGGUUAUAAUUCGGCUGGCUGCGUUUAUUUUUAAGUACCUGUUACUCGGAGCUAAGUCCGAUGAUGAUGCGUGUGUACGCCGGGUGCUGGGUGGACUGCUGGAUGGUUUGCGUAGUCGCGAACGCGCGCUGCAGAUUGCAGCGCUGGACGGCCUGCUUCACUUUAUUUCUGUGUUAGGUGGACAGACUGCAGUUACGAACAAUACAGACGACGACAAUGUGGCUCAGCACUUCAAGGCACGAUUUGCCGUGCUUGCACAGGAGCUUGGAUUAUUUUCAUUGUUGCAUACCACCGCAUCCAGUGCUCUACCUGGGUUUGAACCUGGUGUGAAUACUGCUGAGGUUCCGAGUUUGGAGCUGACAGCAGUGCUGCUGAGCCGUCUCCCUCUCGUGUUUACUCAGUGCCUUUCGCAUUUUGAGGGCGAUGACACGAUGCUUAAAAAGAUGGUGCGGGACUGGUGUGUGUCUCCAGUGCUGGCCGCGCGACCCAUGAAUCGCACUCAGCUUGCUCAAGGCUCUGCUUCCUGCCUACUUCUGUCGGCUCUCUUUCUUUCCAACGCAAAGCUUGCGCUGUGGGCUGUGCAGCAAACAGGAAAUGAUGGCACGGCAUUUCUCACGCGGUUGCACGAGUUUUUAAGCGCGUCGCGAACAUUUGACGAUGAAAAGGCACACACUCGGCGACUGCAGGAGAUUUGGGUUGACUGUGUGGCUAGCAUAUGUGGUGUAGAGCAUGGUCCUGCUUGUGUCCCGCCUGCAUUACGAAUUGAGAUCUAUCGCAUGUUGCAGGCGUCGUUGGAUGAAGGAGAUGAUUUGAUGCUCCUAGCUAGCGCGCUGAGUAUUCAAGUGAAACUCGGUAUUGUUGAGAAGACGCUGGAGAUGCCGUCUGAAAAUGGACAUUUUCUUAUGGACGGCGUGUUUGACGUGCUUGCGAGUGCGGAAGCUGUGGAAAGCAAACACAGGGCGGCGGAAAAGGUAAAACAAGGAAAGAACAAAACAAAGGAGCAGGUUUCCAGAUCGCUGUUGUUCUGGAGUGGUGUCUCUCCAAAAGAGCGUGGCAUCGAAGCGUUGUCGUAUUUAAUCACGUACACCCCCGUUAAGGACGCCUUUGUGAGACACUCUGGUGCUGUGGCUAGCGUGUUUCGGGUCGAAUUUCCGAGCACAAAGGAUUUAAGCGUUGGAGGGCAAGCAAGCGCUGGUUUUAGGUCAAAUGUCUAUUAUGGCAUUGGGUAUAUCCUGCAUCACGUUUUGACAUCAGAGGCUGCUAUUAAGCGGAAGCAAAUGGAAGGCAUGGAGAUGACGGCUGACCAAUAUGAAGAGCUACAAAAAGCGUUAAAGCAGAAAUCAGCGCUCGAGGAUGGCGACACUCCUGAAAAAGUGGAGGCCCGUGUUACUCGGCUUGCUGCGUCGCGUGAUGUGUUGACUACGCUUGUGCAGCUCCUAAAGUUGUCGGCUACCAAAUCAGAAAAUAUUAUGGAGAUGGCAACUCUCAGUGCGUUGCAUGCUGCAGAAAUACCGUCCGUGCGAGGUAACCUGGUACAGUGUGGCGUUUUCCAGGCGCUUAUCCCGUUGGCGUUGCACCACAUUGCGGUAGCAAAGGUCAAAGGUGGCAAAGCCUCUAAAAAGGAUCCUUCGCAGCUUCACGGAACAAAGAUUUCAAAUACUGCAGGUCAAGCGAUGGCCAAGAUUCUGAUCAGUACGAACCCAAACUUGAUCCCGUCGUCAUCGCUAUUUUCAUCCAUUCGACCGUUGCUAGAUCUUUGUAAAGGUGACCAGCAGUUACUGCAGUUCGAAGCGCUUAUGGCUCUGACGAACAUUGCGAGUGUGUCGGAAGAAACAAAGGCGCGUAUUGUUGGCGAACCGCAGGGUCUAUCUACGCUGCAGUAUUUGCAGUUUUCAGAGCACGAACUCAUUCGUCGUGCAGCUACGGAAGCAAUUUGCAAUCUCCUUCCCAAUGACAAGGUGAUUGAACAAGUUUUCAUGAAUGAAGAAAAGGUUCGUCUUUGGGUUGCGUUUGCGUCUCUCGAGGAUGAAGCCGAGGAUUUUGAGACUGCUCGAGCUGCUGGAGGUGCAUUAGCAAUGGUGUCUCAAGUACCACAGGUAAGCUGGAUCCUAAUGCGUCAAGGUGGACUCAAGGCUUUUAGCACUAUUAUUCAACAAGGUUCAAAUGUGGAAACACUACAUCGAGCAUUAUUUGGAAUGCAGAAUAUGCUCGAAGCAAUUCUUGGUGCAGCAACGGAUGAGGAGAAAGCGGAAGAACGACACAAGUUCAGUGAAGAGAUUAAGCAGUACAGUACAAUGCUAAAGCAGAAACUGAUUGCUCAUUGUGGUAACACACAGAUGAAGGACGCAGCUCAAUCGUGUCUUGCAGCAUUAGACCAAGUGAUUCAUUAG